AUGGCUGACAACAAAGACGUACCAGAGCUCACUCCCGCCGAGGAGGCCGCUGCCCGCGCCAAGGAGCAAGCCGAGCAGGAGGCUCUCCCCUACAAGUGGACGCAGACCAUUGGCGACGUCGACAUCACCAUCCUCGUGCCCAACAACCUGAAGGGCAAGGAUAUGGUGGUUGACAUCAAGAAGCAGAGUCUCACAGCUGGUAUUAAGGGUCAAGAGCCUAUUAUUAAGGGUGACCUCCCCCACAGCAUCCUCCUCGAUGACAGCACCUGGACCCUCUCCCCGGCCCCCAACAACCAAAAAGCGCUCGAAAUCCACCUCGAAAAGCACAACAAGCUCGAAUGGUGGCCUCAUGUAGUCACCUCGGCGCCCAAGAUCGACGUGACCAAGAUCGUGCCCGAGAACAGCAAGCUGUCGGACCUCGAGGGCGAGACGAGGGCGAUGGUGGAGAAGAUGAUGUACGAUCAGAGGCAAAAGGAGAUGGGACUGCCGACGAGCGAUGAGCAGAAGAAGAUGGAUAUUCUGAAGAAGUUCCAGGAGCAGCAUCCGGAGAUGGAUUUC